ACGAGUCUGCCAAAAGAAUUACUUCUAACAGUGAAAAAGCGCAUUCUUCUGUUGAGCAUAGAAGGGAGGUAACUACUGAAUGCUAGAACCGAAAAUGAAAAAUCAAAAAAGUCAAGAAACUGGGAAGAACACCUUAACAAACAUAAACAAAUUAAAGUAAGAUGGCCGUUUCAUGUUGAUCUUGUCUGGAAUGUGACCAGAGUUGCGUUUAUUUAUGAUUUUCCUGGAAUAGGAAGUUGAGAGUUUAAGAAGUGAAUUGUUUUAAAGGUUCAUAAGAAUUACUUUAUAUAUCUGGGCACCUCAUAACACAAAAUGAAGAAGCCUACCUGUGACCUUUGUGGAAAGAUGUUCUCUCGCCGAGACAACAUGGAGAGACAUCGCAUUCGUCAUCUGCGCCGUGAAGUCUUCAAAUGUGAAACAUGCGGCAGAGAUUUUAGUCAGAAAUCCUAUCUGAAGUUGCAUCGCCGUCUUCAUACAGGAGAAAAACCUUUUGGGUGUAAUCUGUGUGGCCGUGCUUUCUCUCGCAAUGAUCAUUUAGUGAUUCACAUCAGAGGACAUCAAGGAAUUAAAAUGUUCAACUGCCAGAUCUGUCACAAAUCCUAUGCUCAUAGGUCUUACUUAACUGUUCACCAACGUAUCCACACCAAUACUCGUCCAUAUAAAUGUCAUGUAUGUGGGUGUGCCUUCUACCGUGGAGACCAUCUUUUUCGACAUUGUAGCAAGCAACAUGGUGAGUCAAAACUAAUUUCUACUCCAGCAGCAGUUACUCUUAGAACUUUAGAAAUCACUGAUGCUAAUCAAAACCAAAUCAAUACAGAUACCAGUAUUGUGGAACCUACAGUUCAGCAACAACUGCCAUCGUCUGUGAGACAGGUGCAAAUUGUUAGUGUACAAUCAACAAGUGAACUUGAAAUAGCUGAAAUCCAACAAGUAUUUAAAAGCACCGACAUUACAAGCAACAAUAAUAAUAAUAGCAUUAUCACUAAUUCAGAAGGACAGUUAUUAACUACUGUUACUAGUGUGGAUGAUAAAGCUACUUUUCAUCCCUGCAGUAUUAUUCACCCCAACCAAUGUGUGUCUUCAGAUCAAGACCAAAUUUCUAGUGAGUCAACUCAACAGACAGAAGUGUAUCAAUCUACCAAUACUGUUGCAAACACUAGUGUGAAAACAGUUGUGCCUUAUCAGUGUGAUAUAUGUUCAAAGAACUUUUCUCGACGAGAUAAUCUGGAGCGUCAUAAGUCAACCCAUUUCAAUGAGAAACUCUACAGCUGUGAUAUAUGUCAAAAGAGUUUUUCACGCAAGUCUUAUCUCAGAGUUCAUCAUCGCAUCCAUACAGGUGAGAAACCGUUUGUCUGUGACAGGUGUGGUUUUGCUUUCUCACGGAAAGACCACUUAUUAAAACAUAAGAAAAAUAAUCAAGGAGAACGUAAGCUGAGCUGUGUUCCUCCCAAGCAACUUGUUGAUCUGAAGGACGAUAUUAUCACACCUGACGGAAACUGUCAACAGGUAGCAGUUGUGAUUUCAGCAGAUCCAUCUGGUUUGAUUGAAAGUGAUGGCACCAAUAUGGUCAUAACCCACGCUACGAUGGAUCCCAAUGAUGAAACUAAAACAGUAACUAUGUAUCAGACUACUUCGGCAGCUCAAUCAAAUGAUGCCUCCCACCAAAUAUACCCUGUGAUACCUGUUUUCCCUACUACCAUUGAAAUUUCUCCAACUACAGCUCAGAUUUUCCCAAACAUACAGAUGUACCCAGCUACCACCCAGUGUCUAAUUAAUAAAACCUAACUCUUAGCUAAAGUCAUUCUUAGUUUAACAACUCUUUAUUUCUGUAAAUUGGCUCAUGUAAAUGGAUGUGGUAGUUGCUUACAUAUUUUUAAAAAAAUAUUUUCAGUUCUUCAUCCCUUUAUUUCUUUCAUAGAAAAAAAAUCCUUUAAAUUUUGGUUAUAAAUAUAUUUUAUUUGUGUCAGACAACACCCAGACUACAGAAAAUGACGAAAUGACAUUAUUAAAAACGGUUAUCUUCAUGGCUAAAUCUACCACUGUAACAUUUAUAAACUAUGUGCACAAUAUAUAUAUAUAUAUAUAUAUAUUAUAUAUAUAUAUGAAAUGCGUAUACAUGUAUACAAAAUAUUUUUGUUGUUCACGUAUUAAGUUUCAUAAAUUGAAUUAAAAA